CCGGUGUGUUGGCCUCGCUUCUGUUACAAUUUUUUGUAUGAUUUUUCUUGAAAUAUUGAGCUGCCUAAAAGUACUGUUGUGACCCGUAAUGACAAUGAAGAGAUAAUUGUUCAGAUAUCGCUAUCCUCUACAUGUUUAUUGAACCAACAUUCGUACAAUCCAUGACUAGUUAAACCGAGCGACAGAAAACUGUUCUUUAUAAUGGAAGAAACCUGCUGACGGAAAGAUCAAUUUAUAUCAAAUACCGUUACAAAUCUAUCCACUUGUUGAGGAAGAAAAUCUAACGGAUGAAGUGAAACAGUGAUUGCUGCAGGAAAUUAUUGAAAACGAUACACCGGAAGUGGUUUUGAAUAGUGGAAAUUCGUACAGCUGCCAACAUUUCCGGUGAUUUGUGAAUACUCAAAAUAAAUUUGAAAACUAUAAUUAUCAAACCAUAAGGUUUGGUCUCAAUUUAAUAUGAAAACGCACAUUGCAAAAGUUAUAAUACCCACACUAUUAGUGCUAUACCUGGAAGUACAUUUGGCUGCUGGACGGAUAGCAUUUGAAAAACUAACUGACUUUGAUUUUCAAGGAACUAUAUACUACAGCGUGAAGAAUCUUUCGUUAUACGAAUGUCAGGGGUGGUGUCGAGAAGAACCAGAUUGCCAAGCAGCUGCGUUUAGUUUCGUUGUUAAUCCCCUGACGCCUGCUCAAGAGACUUUAUGUCAACUUCAAAAUGUAACAGCAGCUAAUAAUCCGGCAAGUGUCCCACAACGAUCGUCCAGCAUGUAUUAUAUGGUAAAAUUGCAACUGCGGUCAGAAAAUGCAUGCCAGCGUCCAUGGAAUUUUGAACGCCUUCCUAACAAAAUGAUUCGUGGAUUAGACAACGCGUUGAUCUACACCAGCACAAAAGAAGCCUGCUUAUCAGCAUGCCUAAAUGAGAAAAGAUUUAUCUGUCGUUCAGUAGAAUAUGAUUACAAUAACAUGAAAUGUGUUCUUAGCGAUUCUGACAGAAGAACAACAGGUCAACUAGUGCAACUUGUUGAUGCACAAGGCGUAGACUAUUUUGAAAAUCUUUGCUUAAAACCAGGACAGGCGUGUACAUUCAACAGAGGAUUUCAUCUACCGCGAACAGGUGUAUCAGAAGAUAAGGUGUCACAAUAUGUUGGACUGCAUUAUUAUACUGACAAGGAAUUACAGGUCACUUCAGAUUCAGCCUGUAAACUGGCUUGUGAAAUAGAAACAGAAUUUUUAUGUCGUUCGUUUCUGUAUACUGGUCAACCUCUCGGAUCCCAGUACAAUUGCCGCCUAUAUCAUCUUGACCACAAAUCCUUACCUGAUGGACCAUCGACAUACUUAAAUGGAGAACGUCCAUUAAUUGACAUUGGAGAGCCCGCUGGAGUCUAUUACGAAAACUUAUGCGAGAAAUCUCCCCAAGGAGAAACCACAUUACCCGUGGUGUUCGAUGCAAUACAGGAUGAGGCAGUCAACAACUUAACUCGAAAUGAUGCUAAUUGCGAUAAAACUGGAACGUGCUAUGAUGUAUCAGUACAUUGCAAGGACACAAGAAUCGCUGUACAAGUACGCACCAAUAAACCAUUUAAUGGCCGUAUCUACGCUUUAGGGCGUUCCGAGACUUGUAACAUCGAUGUUAUCAACUCUGAUUCCUUCCGACUUGAUUUGACGAUGGGUGGGCAGGAUUGUAACACUCAGAGCGCCACGGGAAUUUACAGUAAUACAGUGGUCUUACAACAUCAUUCAGUUGUUAUGACAAAGGCUGAUAAAAUUUACAAGGUUAAAUGCACCUACGAUAUGAGUUCAAAGAAUAUUUCUUUUGGAAUGUUACCGAUUCGUGAUCCGGAAAUGAUACAUAUCAACUCAUCGCCCGAGGCACCUCCUCCGAGAAUUCGUAUUUUAGAUGGAAGAAGUCGUGAGGUUGAAACUGUACGAAUUGGAGACCGACUUACGUUCCGCAUAGAAAUUCCUGAAGACACUCCAUAUGGUAUUUUUGCUCGUUCUUGUGUUGCCAUGGCAAAAGAUUCGAAAAGCACAUUCCAAAUAAUCGAUGAUGAUGGAUGUCCGGUAGAUCCCAGCAUAUUUCCAGCGUUCACCCCGGACGGUAAUGCAUUGCAAUCGAUAUAUGAAGCAUUCAGAUUUACAGAAAGCUAUGGAGUCAUUUUCCAAUGUAAUGUUAAAUACUGCCUGGGCCCAUGCGAACCAGCUGUUUGUGAGUGGGGAAGAGAUUCGGUAGAAUCCUGGGGCAGGAAACGCCGCUCUUUAACAAGGAAUGAAACUAGUACAAUCGAGGACGAAGAAGAUAUGAAUAUUUCGCAAGAAAUACUUGUUUUGGAUUUUGGCGAUGAAAAAAACCGCGAUUUUCUGCGUAGUGAGGCUAGCACAGAUUAUGGAAGAGAUAAAACUGUAACUAUCAUCGAACCAUGUCCCACAAAAACAUCUGUUUUGGCGCUCGCAGUAACAUGUUCUCUGAUGGUUUUAGUUUAUUUAAUAACGUUGUUCUGCUACUACAUGAAAAAAUGGAUAAAACCUCAUAAAAUCAUGGCUUGAAAAACACCCAAGUGGAUAAAGACGAUAUUUGAUUUAACUCGCCGCGCAGAUAGCUCUGAAUUAGAUCCGCUGGUGCCCUAAGACGAUUUUGCUAGAUUUUCAGAGCACUGUGCACCCAAUGCAUUAACGCAAGUGACGGAAGGUUAUCGAAAAGUUUCGUGAAAAUGAAAAUUCCAGUAAUGAUGAUGAUUUUUCCAAACGGUUCGUUUUCGAGAGGUUUUUAUUUGUUCUUUGGCAUUAGGAUUAGCGAUAAUAAUUCAAAUCAAGGAUACUACUGAGACGUCACCUUUAGAAAAAGUCGAUGUCGAAUAAAAUUUGGAACUAUGCACGCAUGCACUUCAGAGAUAGCGUGAUAUCAGGAGCUGCGAUUUCAUUUCAACGCUUUUUUGUGAAUAGCGCGAUACUUACAAAUGUAAACAUAAGGCUUUUUUCAUACAUGCGAAUGAGGGCUUUGAAACGCAACAAAUUAACCUAAAUUUGGGAUUCUACGAUAUUGCUUUCUUAAACUACAACGGGCGAAACUGUAUUUUUGUUUGUUUAUUUAAAGUUUCGUCCUCCACGCUCCAUGCAAACGAACAGGGCGAUACUUUUUUUGCUAGCAAUUUAGAGGCGAAACUGUUUUUUUUCGUAUUUUUUUAGGAUUAUCAAGCUGAUACCAGCUGUAAAUAGUAACAAUGACCGCUAUUGAAAAAACCCGGACGAAAUCGGUGGUGUAAAACGGUAGUUAUUGUAAAAAACGUAAGGGUGAUACUUCAAUGCUGAUAGGUGGGACUGAAAAACAAUACAACAAUCGGCAAAGGGCCGAUACUAUCAUUUUGUCAAUUUCAAUAGCAAAAACAAAUUUUAAUUUAAUAAUUUCAAAUACUUUAUGAAGUUUUGGGUUUCGAUCACUGAAUCAUGCAAUCUAGGAUGUAAAAAACACAAUAGUUCUUAAAUAGGAAAUAAAACCAAGUCUGGAAAUAUUCACUGUUGAUUUUCUUUGAAUGGUAUCACUGCUAGUAUCGUCCUUUUCAAGAAAAAAGCGUUGAUUUCUUAGUGCUCAGUCGCGUUUGAAAUUUGAGUAACGUAUAAACUUCAGAUCGAUUCAAAAAAAAUUCGAUUUGUUUGGCUCAGUACAAUAUAUAACCCCUUUAGGAAAAUUCA